UGCACUGCUGAUGCUGAUAGGGGUUGUGGUUCACGGGGGGGUUAGGAGAGAUAAUUCGUUUGCAAGAAAGAGAGAUUCAGCCCUCACAGUCCACUCGCUGCAGGAAGAUUAGUGAGAGAGCGAAGGAGCCACUCCCCCCUACCCGUCAGAACGGAGCCAGAUUACCAUCACCACCACUACUCACAGCUGUGAUUAGAGAGCCAGGCUCCAGAAUCGCAGAGACCAGCUGCAAACACCAUCAUCUUCCAAUUCAGUCAUAUACUGUACACUGGCUUUGUUGCUGGAGCACGCCAGAGCGAAAACACAACAGGCAUAGAAGUGAGUAACAGUAAGAAGAAAUCAAACAGCAUCCAAACUUGUCUGUCAAUUGCCUGCCUGAGAAAGUCCUGAGUAACGGGUCAACAGCAGAAUUCGGAAGGAAACCUGGGAUGGCUUUGGAAAGCAGAGCACACCCAUCUAAUUAGUUCUGCUGUUCAUGGAAGGGAAAAAUUGUGGUUCAGCACUAAUGUGAUCUUUCACCCAAUAGUGGAUUAAGGAAUCUGAAUGGCAGCAAUGAACAUACAGAGGACUUGUGAGGCAGUACGAAGAGACAUUGCUCUCAUCUGCAAGCUUUGAUUACCUUUUUUUUGUGUACAUAUCAAUUGUCACCUUGGCAACAGCUCUCUCACAGACAUACCUCUCAAGAGCAGAAGGCACACGCAAAGCAUGCUAUGAAAUUUCUGAAGCUUCGAACUGGCCUCCAGUUAAGGAAAAGAGAGACUUUUGAGAGGAUCUGGAUUGUGCCUCACCGUCUUAAGAUAAUAAUAAAUCAAACAGCCAGUUCAAUGAAUUAAUCCAAAAUCCUAUCCCACAGAAAUCAAACUGCUUACUGCAUUUCUCAGAGGCUCAAGAAGCUAAUGAGUGGGCUGUUCGCUGGCAUGAAGAGAUUAAUUCCAUUCGGCAUAUUCCAAAGAAUGAUAGCGUUUUUUAAUUGUCACAAGAUCUGAGCCAAAAGGAGAUUUAGCAGAACCUUCAGCCACAUUUACAAAGGGGAAAGAGAAAAGUAAAAGAGGAAGUUGAAUGUCUGGCUAAAAAAGAAAUUGCUAUCCAGCAACUGGUCUCAGUUGGGAUCUUUAACUCCUACAUGCUUCUGUUUAAUGGAACUGCUGAAGUCUUGUCUAAUAGUCACCAAUUAAAACCACAAAGCUGCAAUGAAUUAGACAGGUACAGAAAGUGUAAUUGGGUUUUGGAACUCCUCCUCUUUUGACAUUUGCUCUGCUUGCUGAAGUUACUUAACAGCAGAGAGGACUUCUCGUCACUAUAAGAGGCCACAAUCAAGGGCAACAAUGAAGUGCUCACUUCGCGUAUGCAUCCUUUUCCUUGGACUGCUCAUUGUCUUUCUGACGUCAGUGUUUUUCACUUACACACUGACGGGUGUGACAAACGUGGCCUACCUAGAGAGCCAAUCUAUGGAGGAUGUUCCCCGGGUCAAGCUAGUACCUAGCUACUUGGGUAUUCAGAAGUUAACUAAGGACCUUGCGGGCCAGAGAACAUGUGCUUGUAAUCGUUGUGUGGGUGAUCCUGGUGUGUCACAGUGGUUCGAUGAGAAGUUUGAUCAGGACAUUCUGCCGCUUUGGACAAAAGCUAAUAUGAUUCUGGAGCCCAAUGUGUACAACUGGUGGGUGAUGCUUCAGCCCCAGUUCAAGCCACAAGGCCUGAAGGAUAUUUUGACCAAACUCUUCCUCAUUGUGCCUGGAGAAAACCCUUAUGGCUCGUGGAACCAUUCUCGAUGUCGGCGUUGUGCAGUAGUGGGUAAUUCUGGAAACUUGCAUCAAUCUCGUUAUGGACAAGACAUCAACGCGCACGAUUUCAUCAUGAGAAUGAACCAAGCUCCAACUGUUGGCUUUGAAGCAGACGUGGGUAGCCGUACAACUCAUCACUUCAUGUACCCAGAAAGUGCAAAAAAUCUCCCAGCAAAUGUCAGCUUUGUUCUGGUUCCCUUCAAGACGUUGGAUCUCCUUUGGAUUACCAGCGCUUUGUCAACAGGUGACAUCAGAUUCACCUAUGCGCCUGUCAAACAAUUUCUGCGGGUGGAUAAAGACAAGGUGCAAAUCUACAACCCAGCAUUCUUCAAGUAUAUCCAUGACAAGUGGACAGAACAUCACGGGAGAUAUCCGUCCACUGGAAUGCUGGUCCUGUUUUUUGCUCUCCAUAUCUGUGAUGAGGUCAACGUGUACGGAUUUGGUGCUGAUAGCAGAGGGAACUGGCAUCACUACUGGGAGAACAACCGGUAUGCUGGAGAAUUCCGGAAAACUGGAGUUCACGAUGCAGACUUUGAAGCAAAAAUAAUAAACUCAUUGGCUGAAGUUGGAAAAAUCAAAGUUUUCCGAGGAAACUGAAAGGAAACCGAUAAUUAUGCAAUUGAUCUUCUAAGAAGAGGGCAUGGACCACAAUGUUCACCAAAUGGAUAUGAGACAGAUUACCCUGUAAUUAUAUAUAUUGAACAUAGUUUUCUUUAAUCGUGUUUGAAAAUUCAGGCAGAACUCUGAACCAAGGAAAACAGAGCAGCUGCUAAUUUAUUAAUACCUUCAAAGGUUUGCCAUCAGAAAUGGCAUUAUUUUAUGGAUCAAUUUUAAGAUAACUGUCCGAUAACCUGGUGGACACAAGAUAACUCAAUGUGCAAUUUAUUAUCAGAUAAUCUAGGAGUUACUAAGAAAAAUUUUCAUGUUUGAGUUGUAAGAUCAAGUCAGGCUGAGACCAACUAGAAUAUGAGCCAAAGGCGGAGAGAGGUUGGGGGGAGGGGUGGGGGGAAUGUCCAUCUUUUUGGAUAAUGUUUUGUGUUAUUGACUGAAUCGUAGUGCACUUUCAUUGGGCAGUUGCUGAUUUGCCACUUCCUCAAGUGGCAAAUUGGUAACAUUCAGACUGAAGGAGCUUUGACAUCUGCAUCACAGGAGACAAAGCCACUCAAGCCUUUCAGACAUGCUACAGUUUUGAGAGUGCAGCCAGCGGUAAAAAAGUCAUUCACCUGUUGGCAGCACUUCAGGUGAAGCCAUCAUCCCACAGCAACAAAAGAUCUGCAUUUUCAUGAUCCUCGCAAGUCACAUUUGAAUCUGUAUUAGAGAAAGACAUGCACACUGGCAGGGUUCUAGUGGCCUUGUAGUUAGUGGGUUACAUGUCUCUGGCUUUCAAUGUGAAUAGUGGGUGUGUGUGAGACCAACAGGGAACGCUGGUGCACAGAAAGGAUAGGAAUUCAUUUUAAAUUUGCUUCGUCCAAAUACCUAAGCCAAUCUGAUGUCAUCUUGAUUGUUUCCCCGUAGCCUUUAAACAUAAACAGUUACAUUUUCCUCACUGUGGUGCCUGCAGCUCGACAUCAUAGGUUUGCACUAAGGGUCUGUUCAAGAGCUUGGAUUGCUGUCUCUGGAGGAUUCAUAGCAUAUUCCCCAAGCCCCACCAUCACUAUGAAUCUUAUGCCAAGAAUGGGGAAGGGAGGCAGGAGUGUAAGCAAGGAUCUCAAGUACUUCUGGCUGCUACAAGCUACCAAGGGCUGGAAAUUCAGUGGAUGCCUGAAGAAGCAGUUUACGGAAUACCUAGAAGGUCCUGUUGGUCAUGUUGUUAACUCCUCCAAUUCUCUGCCCGGAGUGCAAUGCCUUGUACCAAUGUCUGCAGUUGCACUGGAACUAAAUGAGGUUUAAAGGCUAAGUAUGCCUCCCAUCUCAGCAUUGUGGCAACACCAGGUUGUCCCCACACUGGGCUUAAACUCUGCAUCCGGAGAAUCCCCAGGCAACUCAAACAGGGAAAAAACAGAAAGCAUUGAGUCUUCUCCCUUAUUCUUCCCAGCAGCACCUGGUGUAACUGCAGCACCACAGUGAGGACUGGAGGGGCCAUAGGUUCUGUAUGUAUUGCUGGAAACAGCAUUGGCCCGAGGCCAGAAUAGGCAGCUACAGUUUCUUGUCUGUCCCUGAUAUAAACUUGGCAAGAACCACAGCACCACCAUCAAGGCACAGUUAACAGUAUUAUAUGACAUUUGUUUAUUAGAAGUUCUACAUAUUAAAGAAAUUGUUAGGAAUUACAUUGAGGUUUUUAUAUUUGUUGUCCACAUUCCUUUCCCAUUAAAAAAAAUAAAAAGGAAUCCAUUCCUCCUCAAAUCGCAUUUUGAGGGAGGAAGUGGCACUCAAAAUUGAA